GUGAGAUGCGCAUGCGCCUAGUUUCUAGUUAGAAGUGAAGAGGUGCCGAGCUGCACUGUGUUUUAAUGCUGGUAUUUUAUUGUAAUAUUUAUAGUUUCUGUAGGAAUGCGAAGGAGCGGUAGAUAAUCAGACGGGAAUAUUUUUUGUCCGCUCUGCGUCCGUUUAAAUUGUGCUUUCGAUACGUUUUUCCUCUCUGGCGGACGGACACACGGAAGAGUGCAGGCCAAAGGCGGGCUGUGACUAAACGAUUUAGGGCUGGCCUAAUCUGUGUUAACAGAAAAACAAAUGGAAAUAAAACACUGAAACAGUCCACCCCAUUGUGAAGACACUGUGAGAACCCGUACUCACAGAAGAUUUGUGCAGCUAUGAUCAGUAAUGGCGUGUAAACAUGAUAAAUCUCUGCCUCACUUCAAUUUAAUCCUGCUGGGGAAAUCAGGAGUUGGGAAAAGCGCCACAGGAAACACUAUCCUCGGACGAGUGGCUUUCGACUCUGAGUUAAGCUCCACACCCGUAACUCAGGAGGUACAGGAGAAGAACGUGGUUAUUGAUGGGGUCAGCAUUGACGUGUACGACACACCAGAAUUAUUUAUCACAGAAACGAGCAACGAGGAUGUGAUGAAGAAACGCCGGUCUCUGUUAGACAGCCCUGUUCCCACAGUGUUCCUGCUGGUGAUUUCAGCAAAAAGAUUUACUUCAGAGAACGAACGUGCUGUUGAAGCAAUCCAGGACACUUUAGGAGAAAGGUUUCUAAAGAACACCUGGAUCCUUUUCACCAGAAGAGAUGAACUAGAAAGAGAAAAUAAAUCAGUACAGAGGUUUAUUGAAAAGUCAACACACCUCAAACUAUACUUGAAGAAAUGUAACAACAGGUACCACUUCUUCAACAACAACAAAGUAGAGGAUCGUGGGCAGGUUAACGAAUUAUUGGACAAAAUAAGAGAAGAAGUGCAAUUGCUUAUAAGGAGGAGAUCACCAUUUUGGAACAUUAUCUUACUGGGGAAAUCGGGGACUGGAAAAAGUUCUUCAGCAAACACUAUUUUGGAUCGGACACGGUUUACUUCAAAAACAGGUCACAGAUCAGAAACACUCAGAACUCAGAAGGAAAAUGUAACGAUACGUGACCUCAGUAUUAAUUUGUUUGACACUCCUGGACUCUCCAACACUGUAAUCGGACAUGACGAGGUUAUGCGGGAAUACCGAUGCCUCUCACUGUUUGCAGACUCAGUUCCCACAGUAUUUCUGCUGGUGCUGAAAGCAGAAAGACCAACUCAAGAGGAUAUGGAAACUGUUGAAAAGAUCGAGAACCUUUUAGGAGAUCAGCUCCUCCAGCACACCUGGAUCCUCUUCACCAGAGGAGAUGAUCUGGAGAGAGAAAGACUGUCAGUAGAGGAGUUCAUUCAAGGUUCAAACUACCUCAAACAAGUUGUACAGAGAUUUAACAACAAAUACCACAUUUUCAACAACAAGAUUCCCAAUCCUGAUCAAGUAUGGAAAUUACUGGACAAAAUAGACACUUCACUACUGAUGAUGGGAGAAAUUCUGAAAAUGACUUUGACUCUAAAGGACAACCCACCAACAUGGAAUUUUUUUCUACUAGGGAAGUCGGGGGCUGGAAUAAGUUCUUCAGCAAACACUCUUUUAGGUCGGCUGCGGUUUACUUCCAAAUCUGGGUUUACAUCAGAAACACUCGAGACUCAGAAGGAAAGUGUAACGAUGCGUGACGUCAGUAUUAAUUUGUUUGACACUCCUGGACUCUCCAACACUGUAAUCGGACAUGACGAGGUUAUGCGGGAAUACCGACGUCUUUCACUGUUUGCAGACUCAGUUCCCACAGUAUUUCUGCUGGUGUUGAAAGCAGAAAGACCAACUCAAGAGGACUUGAGAAUUGUUCAAGAGAUCGAGAACCUGUUAGGAGAUCAGCUCCUCCAGCACACCUGGAUCCUCUUCACCAGAGGAGAUGAUCUGGAGAGAGAGAACCUCACUAUAGAACAGUUUAUCGACAACACAGUGGAGCUGAAGAGGGUUGUAGAGAGAUUUAGGAGGAGGUUCCAUGUUUUCAACAACAAGAUACGCAAUCCUGAUCAAGUCAGAAGACUGAUAGAGAAAACAUUAAUGUGUUACUGAGCUUCGGUACUUAGAUCUCUAGAGAUAACACUCUGUAUGUACCAAAAACCCAGAUGAACAGUACUGCUCUGGGAGAGUGGGGGUGGAGUGUAAAAGAGUGCUACUGGAUACAGCAUCCUGGGAGGAACAGCUUGACAAGAAAUGUUACAGACGUCUUAGAGAUGACUAGAUUGCAUUGAGAUGCAGAAGAGGGCAUUGUGAAGAGGCUGAGUGAAGCGUGGCCAUCAGGGCAAAGGUACCCAAAAGAGGGACUUGGACAGAAACAGCUAAAACUUUUUUUUUCUGCAAUAAAAAACAUCUGCUGUGAAUUUACAUAAUAAAAGUUCCGUUCUGACUGAUCAAUUCUAUUUCUAAAGGAACAUAUUCAGUUGUUUAUAAAACAGAUAUGAUAAUUUGUGUGCUGUCCUCCGCAUUUCUGUGUCUCAUAUUCUGCCUGACUUUAAAGGACUUUUCCAAUUCCAUUUCUCUCAGUAAACUCAAAAAAAGAACUGAGGUAGAAAAAAACAUACAAAUGCAUUUAUUGCCUUUUUUGUAAAAAAGUUGUGUAGCUGAUACUGCUGCUAGUUUUUUACCACUGUUAAUUUUGCACAUUUUCAAAAUAUUUUUCAUAAAUGUUUGUUAAAUAUUUAUAUAAUUAUGUGCUCAUCAUUUUCAUUGCAUCAUUGUAAUGUUUCAUUUAAAUUAAAGCGAUGCUGGUCUUCGAAAAUUUUAUGUCAGGUUGUGGUGCUAGUCAAAACACUACAAAAUGUUUACAGUUUUCUAUACUGAACCAUCACAUAUUUAUUAAAUAUUUAUAUAAUUCAACACAUUUCAUUGUAUCAUUGUAAUGUUUCAUUCACUGUUUUUUUAUAUAUAAAUAGGGUUAUUAUAAAUGCUGUAUAGGUCUACAGUAUUUAUGUAAUGGGCAGAACCAAGUAUAUUAGUCUGGCUCUCUAAAACUGUUGCAAUUUCUCAUGUGGCCCCUUGGAAAAUUAAUUGCCCACCCCUGAUAUAUAUGAUGUAACAAAUCAUGUUAAUAAAAUGUAAAAAUAAAAAAAAGGCUAUAAUUACUUUUU